UCAAAUACUACGUAACGGUUUACAAUUUUUUAAAAAGACGUUCUGACUAAAUAUGAUUUUUUUAGAAUAAUUAUAAAUAUUUAGUAACAAUAAAUCAAACAAUGGAAUUAAAAAUGGCCCAAGCUAAUCAACGAAACCGAUUUUUCAAGCUCUCUCUGAAGAAAAAUAGAAUGAAAACAUCCAAUCGUGAAUCCGAUGUCGUAGUUCUCGACGAAUCAUUUGAUAAUCUACGCUCUGAAUAUAUGAUAAAUGGUCACUCCAAACCUCAGAAAUAUUCUCCAAUUGUAAUCAACGAUUCCUCUGACAACUUAUUCGAUCAAUUAUUAUUGGAUAAAAAACCGAGUAAAUCAGGCAACGUUUCUCUUAACUUGACGAAUGAUUUCACAUCACCUGUUAAGAAAGACUCCAGACCCAGUAUAGGAGGCUGGUCGCCUGCUCAGAACAUUAUAUGUGCUACUCCUAAACAUGACACAAUUCCUUCCACACCAUUGGACAAAGCUAAUGUGACAUCAGAGCAUUGCUCUAUUAAGAAAAUACAAGAUUCACAUCAUAAGCUGCUAAGCGAUCUAUAUGGAGAAUCUUGGAAAUCAAUACCGUCAUUAUUCAAAAAUUUACAACAAAAUCAUGACAAUUUAGAUGGUAUAUCUAAGAAACUAUAUUUUAACGAUGAAGAGGACAGUGACAAAGAGAACAUACGAUCUGAUUUAAAAAGGAAUAAAGCUCUAUAUUUAACGGACUCAGAGAUUAAAAAGAAAAAUGAUUUGGUUGACUUUGAAAGAAGAUCUAAAAAGAAAUUAUACACAGAAAAGAUUCCUAGUAUCCCUGACCCUGAUCCUGAACCCGAAACACCUAAGAUUAAAUCGAUCAAAAAUAAAAAUAUAAAUAGUUCAACAAAGAAAACCAAGGCUUUAUCAGUUACUGAACUAGUAAAGGUAAUGAGGAAUGAUGUUGAUUUAAUAACAAAGAAAGUUCAAACUGUAACAGUUACCCCUCAGAAGGCUGAAAUAAAGAGGCUUAGUUUCGUUGGAUCAUUAGCAGAUAAUGUUCCAUCUUGGAGGUGUCAUGUUGAAGCAUUGCAGUAUCAUGAUAACUAUAAAAAAUUACGAGAACAACUCGCUAGACGUCUGUAUGUUGAAUUUAAUAAAACAGUAUUUGAUGAUGCGUUAGACGCCGAUAUGCCAAUUAUAUGGGAUACAAAAUUGAGAAGUACUGCUGGGACAACAACCAAUAGACUGAUAAAAACAGCAAGAGGUGACAGAAUACGUACUUCAAGUAUAAAACUAUCAACGAAAGUAAUCGACGCAGUGCAAAGAUUACGUGACACGCUCAUACAUGAACUCUGUCACGCUGCAACAUGGCUCAUAGACGGCGAGCUGAGAGCGGGACACGGGCCAUUAUGGAAGAAAUGGGCAACACGAGCGCUUAAAGAGUUUCCAGAGCUUGGUGAAAUAUCAAGAUGUCACACCAUGGAAAUACAUUAUAAAUAUGCAUAUAAGUGUACUAAAUGCGGCUACAGCGUUAAAAGACAUUCAAAAUCAAUAGACAUAACGAAAAAGUGUUGCGGUUAUUGCCGGGGAACAUUUGAAAUUAUAGUCAAUAAGAAGAACAAGGAUGGCGUUAUUGUCUCUACGCCGGCUAGAAAAGGAGGUCCGAAUGAUUUCGCGUUAUUUGUCAAACAGAACUAUGGUACCCUAAAAGAUGGUACGAAAACUCACGCUCAAGUUAUGAAAUUGUUAGGAGAACAGUUUUCAGCUAAAAAGAGUAAAAAUCAAGAAAAAGAGGAAAUUUGUGAUUUUAAUAGUGAUUGAUAGAAAAAAUCCUUGCCAGUAACAAAAUAUUAUUCAGAUAAUAUUUAGUCAAUGUAUAAAGUCUGUUUGCAUAAUAUUUGUAUAGAAAUUUAGACGAAUUCAGGUCAGAAAAAUUGAAAAGACUCGGAUUAUAUUUUUAAAACUAUCUUAUCUUAAAAAAAUAUGUAAUGAAAUUGUUCUCACAAUGUUCUAGCGUAACCGGCCAGAAGAAAUUGUUUCUUUUAUCAUAUAUAUUAUUUGAACAGAUGUACUUACUAGUACAUUCCCACAACAAAAAGUACCUUUAAAUGACAACUAUACGUUAUACCAUUCAUAUUAGAAUUAAAAGUAAUAUUAAGGGUAUAAUCCUACUAUAAAAAUGGGAUGGAACCUUAUUAAAAUUAAAAUGACAGUUCUCAACCGAGUACCGUUAGCAAAGAAGUCCUGUAAAAUUAUUAUCCGACUCUAGUAAAGCAAGUUAUGGUCUAAGAAAAAUUUUGAUUAUGUAUGAUGUUUGUAUGUGUGUAUAUCUUCAACUGAAAAUUAUUUAAUUUUCUUCAAAUUUGCUUCACUGACUCUUUCCACUCAUUAUUAAUCUUAUAACUAGAAUAUUUUACAAUUAUAU